CUGUUCUUAAUCGCAAAAACAGCAUAGUUCGCGAACACACGUCGUACUUAAACCGAUUUUAAUUUUUUUGACUGCGUAAAAUUAGUGGAUAUAUUUUUUUAACAUGAAUUUUUUCAAUACGGCUGAUGAAUUUAAAAAAAACCCACAACUGAAAAAAGAAGAUUUAAAUCAUCUUAAAGAAUGGUUGUCGAAACAACCUCAUCUUCCACCUAUAUCGGGUAAGUACCAACUAAAGUAUGACCUAGCACGAAGUUUAUCUCGGCUAUUUUCGACAGAUUUUCAUGAAAUGCUACAGGAAGAUGUUUUAUGUAAACCACCAUUUACAAUUGUAUUGUCAAAAAAUAAAAUAAUAAUUUUCUACGAAUACAUAAAACUGAGAUAUGUAAAUUUCACUUUUCUCGCAUUCCAGCUUGUAGGGCGGUAUUGGAACUCGGUUAGGUCUUUAAAAAUAUAAUAAAGGUAAUCUUUAUUCAAUAAAGUUUGUUUUAUAUGAAAAGAAUUUUGAAUGAAAACUAUUAUGAACAAAACAAUAUAGUAUAUUAUUUAUACUUAAAAAAGGGCCAAACUAUAGAUAGUACAAAUUAGAUAUAAUUUGAAUACAUUUAAAUUGACAUACUAGAAAAUUAAAUAAAGCGUACAAUACCAAUAACUAAUAAAAUAUAACAGCUGGAUUUGCAUUGCCAACACGCAUCAUCAGAUGAAUAGGAUGAUUAUGGAAAUAGUCCGAUAUAUAAAGUGACAAAAAGAAAAGAUAAGGAGAUUGAACUUGGGAACAAAAAAUUUCAAAAUUAACCUUUAAAAGUAGCACGUGAAAAUCAACCGAACAAUCAAUAAGUUUCCGUAUAGAAAGUCCAUAUUCAUAAAUACUGUAAACCUAAUAUACUUUAUAUAGGACCUGUUUUCAGGGUGGAUUUAGGAAGGGAGCACUAGGGGAAAAUGCCUCCCCCGUUUGCCAAAAAAAAAAAAAAAACAAAUUCUAUUUGUGUUUAUUUAUUGUACAUAUUACAUUUGCAGGGGCGGAUUGACUUAUCGGGAAAUCGGGAAUCUUACCGAUAGACCGGUUUUUGUAAGGGCCGCUUUAAUUAUUAUAUAAUUACAACAAAAUAAUAUUUUUGUAAAAUAAGCAUAAAAUAUUAAAUAUAUUUUCUCAAGAGUUUUCUCAUCAAAUGCGAAAAACUGGGAAAAAAAUAUGGGAAAGAACGUAAGUUUAAUUCCGCUCAGAAUCGUUUUUUCGUAAGAAAUGGUUUAUCCUUGCUUACAAGUAUACAUUAAAUUACCUAUAAUAGUGGCUGCACCCGUCCUCAUUAUACUAGGACGUAUUUUUUUAUAAUAAUUUUAUUAUAGUUAUAUUUCAUUAAUUUCGUAUGGUUUCAUUAAUAAUUACAAAAAGUUAACAUUUCUCUAAUUUAAGUGCUCGUAAACAAAUCCUGGAUCCACCUUUGGCUUGUAUCGAACUUGUAGUAUAUAUCCUAACCUGUAGUACAAGUUCAUAAUCAUGAUAAUAAAUUCCGCACUGUUGUUGGUUCAGAAAAAAAAAUAUAUGUUUACAAGGUCUGACCAAUAAGUAAUGAGACUAAUUCAAUAAAAUACGUAUAUUNCAGCUCUCAUAACAUUUCUGGAAGGCUUCGACUGGAAUGUCCUGAAGUACCCUCGUCACGGCGUUCUGGAUGUCAGUUAUGGACUCAAAAUGCGUUCCUUUCACGGCCAAUUUUGUUUGAGGGAAUAAAAAGAAGUUGCAGGGUGACAUAUCCGGCGAAUAGGGCACUUGUCGCAACACUGCGAUGUUCUUAGAGGUCAAAAAUCGCGACACACUGAAAGCACGCCGAAAGGUUCUUCGGUACCAUCUUUGCACACAGCUUUUUCAUGGACAAAUCAUCAGUUAAAAUUUUUCUGACGGUUUCUCGUUUCAAAUUAAGUUCAUCAGCCAACAUUCGAACGGUUAANUGCACGAGAGUGCGCACACGCUGAACAUUGUUGUCAGUUCGAGCUUCAACCGGUCUCCCAUUUCGCGGUUCAUCCCCGACGCUUUCACGACCAUUUUUAAAAUUGUUAUGCCAUCAAAACACCUGAGCACGACUCAGGGCUUCAUCACCAAACACUUUCACCAAUUUAUCGUACGUUUCCAUAACGGAAUCGCCGAGUUUAACGUAAAAUUUAUAUUACGUUGUUCCAUAUUUGUGACACGCCUUACAAACACGUUAUCGAAAACGUAACACAAUUGGAAAACUAAUUAUUGUACGUAAAUCGCGAGCACAUGUAUCGAUAGAGGAGGGAUGAGAAAUUAACCGAACAAAGUUUCAGAGUCGCAGUGUUACCACAAACGUGGCAAAAAAACAGUCUCAUUACUUAUUGGUCAGACCUCGUAUAAUCGUGAUGUCUAUGUUCAAUAUUCAGUAGGUAGGCUGCAAAGCUUAAAAACUUUUGUCGAACCCUUUCAAGUUUAUGCAUAUCACUAGCAGUAAGAGGGUUCCGAAUAACGAUAGUUGAUUCCAAAAUCUUCCAAGCUAACGCACAAUAUAAGACUUUUAGUGGAGUAAUUAAUUUAAAUUCAUUGUAAACUCGUAUCAAAAAAAUCCAAUGGUAGCAAGCUGUAUUAAUAUGGGCACCGACCUAAUUGAAAACACGUGUCGUUUCACCCAUGUGGUUCAUUACAGGUAUUACUGUAUUGUCGAAACUGUAUUUAAGCCGACAGUAUUUUAUCCGACAGACAUUUAAUCCGAUUCUAACCUAGCCCCCCACUAUAAAAAAAUGCUGCAAUACAACCAGUAACGUCGGUAAUGCGUGUCGGCUAAAAUACGAUACGAACGAAACAUGUGUUGGCUAAAAUACGGUUAGGAUAAAAUAUGUUUCGGAUAAAAUAUUUGUUGGCUGAAUUACAGUUCAGCUGAAAUAUUUUCGGCUUUUUUACGUGCUUCCACAUUCGCAGCUGAUGACCGGUUUUGGUUGGCAGCCGGUACCGUUUUAUCGUGGAACGGACUAUAGUUAAAAAAAACAAAUGCUAUAAAAUAACUUAAUUAUUUAUUUUAAUAAAUAAUUUUAAUUGAACUUUGUUAUUAUUCUGUUAAAAAUGUACUUACUUUUAAACAAUUUUAUUGUUAUCAAAAUGUUCAUGAAAAUUAACUAGUUUACGAUUUGCAUUAAAUUAUGUAGGUUUGAAAAUAAUGUCUUUAACUAUACUUAAAAAUACCAAAAAUCAGAUUGUGUAUAUGUGUCAUUUAGCCAUAAAAAUAGGGCGAGCAUCCUUAAAAAAUUAUCCUGUAUAUUUUUUGCAUUUAUAUAUUUCGACAAUAAUUAUGUAUUUUUACGUGAAUAUCAUUAGCAUACAAGACAGGUAUGUGGGAUACCCACACGAGUCUUGUAUGUUAAAUCUAUAAAAGUAUAAUUAUUAGAAUAAUAAUUAAGUUUUAGCGUAGUUAAAGGAACUUUAAAAAAGUAACUUUUGACUUAAUUCAAGUUAUCAUUUUCCUCAAAAAUGUGUAACUUAAUUAAAACGUUAUUUAUAUUAGUUAAAUUUAACUUAAUUUAGUUAAUAUUAGUUUCGGAGCAUAGCUUUGAACCGUAUUUCCUUAGCAAUGGUUUAUCGUUUGUUCCAGGUAUAAAAAAUAACUUUAUGUAUCUUACCUUCUCAACUAUCCACAACCGCAGCCAUCUCCGGUAUCAGCUCUUUUCUAUUAAGGAUUACUUCACUAGUUUAAAAAAAUAGUUAACUUGCCCUACUUAUUCGCCGGAACCUUAAGUGAGAGUAAGACACUUAUCAUUUUAUAGGUUUUUAUUAUUUACUUAUUAAAAAAAAAAUCCACUUCAGAAUGGUUAAAAGGAAAUUUUAAUAAAUAUUUUGUAUAUACCAGAGAAUACAAUAGAGACUAUUGACGCUCAAUAUGAAAUCUAUAUUUAUUAUUUGAAAAUAAAUAUAAAUCAUGAGUUUCUAAAAUCUAGUUGCAGGUUUCCUAACUACUUUGUGUAUUAACCAUAUUCAUUUAUUUUCGACUAAUAAAAAUAAUGAACGUAUUAUUAUUUUCAGAUGAAUUUCUUAUUCUAUUUUUGCAUAGUUGUUUUUAUCGAUUAGAACCGACUAAAGUAACCAUAGAAUCUUAUUUCACACUCCGCACACAUUCACCUGAAUUAUUCACGAAAAGAGAUACUGAAAUAAAAUCUGUAAUUGAUGCGUUUAAUGCAAUGUAAGUAAAAUAAAAUACAAAUAAUUUUAUGUAGGUUUCUUUAAACCAUGAACUCACUGUUUAUUUUACUAAAAUAAAAUAUGUUUGUUACUUUUUAGUGGAAUCUUCACACUUCCGGAAUUGACUCCAGAUGGUUGUAAAGUUAUAUUUGUAUACGCUAAACGUACGGAACCAGAGUUGUUUGUUUUAGCUGAUUUCAUCAAAACACUUAGCAUGGUUAUCGAUAUGUUACUGAUGACUACAGGAACGUUUGACGGAUUUAUUAUUAUUUACGACAUGAAAGGGUUUGGCCUUAGCCACAUCGGUCGUCUUGGUAUCAACAUGAUAAAAAAAUAUGUAUAUUUUUUACAAGUGUGUAUAGCUAUUAAACUAACCUUAAUUUAUUAACUACAUACUAAAUUAAUAAAAAAAAAAAUUUUGAUUUUAGGAUGGACUACCAGCUCGUCUAAAAGGUAUCCAUACGAUAAAUACAACUCAGUAUAUUGAUAUGAUAACUGGUAUGAUGAAGCCUUUUAUGAAAAAAGAAUUAUCAGAAAAAGUAAUUCAGUUCAGAUUUUUCGCAAUAUUAAUAUGAUAAGAAAUAUUAUUAUACGUAUGCCAUCAAAUAAUGUUUUAUUUCAGUUUUUCUACCACCAAGUAAAUUCUGAAAAAAUAUACGAUUAUGUACCUAAAAAUAUGAUGCCAAGUGAUGUCGGAGGAAAUGGAAAAUCUUUACAAGAAUUAACCGGUGGGUAAAUAAUCUAUAAUUAUAAUACGUGAACAACAACAUUGUUAUGUUGUUCACGUAUUAUAAUGAUAAUGACCAUUAUUAUUCACUAUAUAUAAAUAAUGUCAGUAAUAUUACUUUUUUUCUUGUAAAUAUAAAUUCAGAGAGUUCAUUAAACGCUGUCAAAGAAAUGAGAAAAUGGUUUUUAGAAGAAGAAGUUUUAAGAGUAGACGAACAAAAACGUCCCGGAAAGCCGAAAACAGAAAGUGACUAUUUUGGCGUCGAGGGUUCUUUUAAAACAAUGAGUGUGGAUUAAAAUACAAUUAUUCAUUAUUCUGUAGUUGUAUGUGCUAUAUAUGUACCAGAUACAUAAAUUUGUAUUAAUUUCAAGAAAAUGUUUAAGUAAUAGUUUUAGGUUGUGCAAAAGUCAAGUGUAAUACUUAUUUACCUAAAGGUAUAAAAUUACGGUAUUGGUUUUUAUUUUUCGUUUUUAAGAUAGAUAUCUAUUACACGUAUAUUGUAUUUGAAGCACUUAUCUAUAUGAAUAUUGUUUGAUUGAAAUUAUUAUAAAUUAUUAUAAUUAUUAUAACACAAAACUACAAUUAAAGCUGUAUCUAUCUAAGCAAUUGCGUUAGUACCUAUUUUUAUCAUCCUAGAUUAUUCUCAUUUAUGGUAAAUUAUUAUUGCUAGGUAUAUUAUAUAGAAGUUAAUAUUCUUAAUUUAUAGUACCUAAUUCGAAAUCAAAUAGGUGUAUAAAGGUGUCCGCCAACUUACAAUACAAAAGUGCUAUAAAAGUGCUACGUUAAAACUG